AUGAGGACCACCGGGUUUACCACCGAGAGUGGAAGAACUUGCAGUUAUGUGGGUUUGAUCCUGUGCCUCCACAUUGGGAGGGAUCUCAAUCCGACUGUGUCAGCUACUAGGUCAUUGGCAAAUUGGAAUAGUUGGCAUUUGAAUCAAAUACGAGGUCAUCGCUUUGUUGUGGAUGACCUCUACUGUAAAGAAGAGGAUGAACGGAAUAACAAUAUCGGAAGAAACCUUUUAUUGGACCACGACCAGUUCUGGGAAGAAAUUGAGCUGCACCUUCUCCUGUCAAAGGAAGCACAGACUCAUCCCGAUCCCACCCUCAACAAUUGUGAAACAGAUGUUUCUCUGACGUCUGCCCGCCGGAACGCAGUGGAGUGGAUACUGAAGGUUGGUGGUCAGUACAGCUUCUCUGCUCUCACGUUAGUUUUAUCAGUCAGCUACCUCGAUCAAUUUCUCUCCACUCUUCAGAUUCAGAUAGACAAACCAUGGAUGAUGCAGCUCAUUGCUGUGGCUUGCCUUUCUUUAGCUGCCAAAUUGGAGGAGACCCAUGUGCCCCUCCUCUUAGAUUUGCAGGCUGUGGAAGCGAGAUAUGUGUUUGAGCCAAAAUCAGUUCAGAGAAUGGAGCUCCUUGUGCUGUCUACACUCAAGUGGAAAAUGUAUCCCGUUACUCCUAUUUGCUUCAUCAAUCACUUCAUCGAAAAGCUUGACGCAAAGACCUGCUAUCAAYCUGAAUUGCGUAUAUUGUCUGAGCACGUUCUUCUCUCCGUCGUCACUGAUUCGAGAUUUGUCUGUUAUCGUCCAUCCGAAUUAGCCGCGGCUAUAAUGAUUUAUGUGAUUAACAGGACUAGAGCCAACAGUCAGUCGGUUAAUUACAAGAAGAAGCUGUUGAGUAUCCUAAAAAUCAGCACCGAUAGGUUAGAAGGUUGCAAUCAACUGAUAGUCGGGUCUAGUUCAGAUGUACAAAUUCAAUUAUGUACUUGACUUACUACUGCGAUGGCAAUUAUCAG